AUGAUGCCAUCACUUUCCGUGCUUUCGAGAUGAUGAUUCCAGAAAAAUAAAUACAUAUUUUGAGGAUAAAAUGCAGGAGGCACACGUUUCUGUGUUGCAAAACGGCAGUGAGCAGGAGGCAUGCAACGUUUUAAAUGAUUUUACAACCAGGAAUGCCCAGGUCUUCAGUUUUCCUGAUCUUUCCCCAGACUUGAAAACGAAAAUUGUUGAAGCCCUGAUCCACCGACUGAAUGCUCCAGGCUCCUCCAAAUGCCAUGUUCUGUGUCUGAAGACCCUACGAAUGUUCAGCCGGGAGAAAGACAAACUGGUCAACAUGGUGUCCGAGCCCACUAUCGCCACCAUCAUGAGAAUGACUGGAUUAAAUCAUUACGCCUCCAAGGAGGGAGACCUUGUAGAAAUACAGAACGGGGAUCCAGAGGUGAUGUUGGAGGCUUUAAAGUGUCUAUGCAAUCUGGUCUUCAAUAGCCAGCUAGCACAGAGAAUCUGCAGUAAAAAUGGUUGUGUUGAGGGGAUAAUUCAAAGACUGAAAACAUACAAAGAUCCAGCACUACCACAUGAAAUUAAGUUCUUUGAUAUGAGACUACUUUCACUAUUGACAGCCUUAUGUGAAGAGACAAGUUACAACCCAAGCUUAGAUCUACAUAAACAGGGUGUGUUCCCGUUUUGCACACAUUUGGAGGAGGAGGCCCAUUUUAUGAGGUUGGUGUGCGUCCUGAAGGAGCUGCUGCUUUGUAAAACAAAAUCCAAAGACCUGAAGGAGGAACUCCAGAGUAUGACGGUUAAUUUGCUGACUAAUGUCCCACUGGACUGCUAUGAGGAAUUAUUGACCCCGUUAAAUGAGGACGAUGAUGAUAUCGGCCUGGAAAACAAAGAGGCCGAGUAUGAUGGGAAAAAUAUGGAGGCCAUACUGGUACUUCUGGAUUUCCUGUAUCACAGACUAGAUAAGCCCUCUAAGAUGACAAAGGACAGUUUGGCCCCGAUAUUGUGCAGUCUCUGUCAGAUGUGUAAAGCCAAUCGCACGAUACGAAAGUUCUGUCGGCUAAAGGUACUACCCCCUUUAAAAGAAGAUGUGAAAAGAUUGCCUGAAGAGGGAAAGACAUUAAGAAACAAAUUGUGUAAAAUUCUGACAUCUGCCUCAGAAAUAAAAGAUAUGGUGGCAGAAUUCUUAUUUAUACUAUGUAAAGAGAGUGUGGCGAGAAUGGUGAAGUACACGGGUUAUGGUAAUGCCGCUGGUUUGCUGGCGAACCGUGGUAUGCUGAUGGGUGGUAGGAAAUGUGACGGAGAUUACAGUAGUGGUUCAGAGGAAUCGGACACGGAGGAGUACGCCAGAUUACGAGAUCAGGUAAAUCCAAUAACUGGUAGAUGGGAAGAAGACAAGGUGAACCCCAUGGAAGAAAUGUCUGAAGAACAAAAGGAGUAUGAGGCCAUGAGACUUGUUAAUGAUUUAGACAAACUACAAAGGCAAGGAAUCAUUCAACCGUGUCGGGUAGGGGAUGAUGGGAAACCAGAGCCUGUAGAACACAUACUACAGCUGACAGAAAACAUAAAACUGAAAAAGGAGGACAAAAACUGAUUCAGAAGGGGUGGAUCUGACAUUGUCAACAGUGUAUAUGUGUUUGUGAUCCAAGUGUUGUGUCUCAUUCUUAGGUGGAUCUAAGCAUUGUGAUGAUAUUGGAAUGUUUGAUUGCAAAAGAAAGACUAUAUGCAUAGUGAAUAUUAAUAUGUGUAACCAUACUUCAUAAUAAUAUAGUUUAUAGAAGAGUCAUGUAUAAUAUCAAAGAGUGCUAUAUCUAAAUGUUUCUUUUAGGUACAUACGAGAUACAUGUACAAGUAAUGCUAGUUUCUUGGAAGCAUGCUUUAAGCCAGUGUAGAUGUUUGUUGGUGUAGCAGUGAAUCUUUCAGUAUCUUUAUUUCCCGUUUUGUAGUUCUGUGAAUAUUUCUUCAAAUAAAAAUACAUGUUAUGUUCAUGAUCUGUUAUCAACCAAGAAACCAAGAAGUCUAAAAGAGCUUUAAAACUAAAAAGUUGGGGAUGAUACUUAAUACAAGGUUAGCCUCUUUGUAAUUGUGGUGCCACAUCAAAACGAUGUUAAGGGAAAAAUAUAACUUUAGUUAUUUUGUUAGGAUUGGGGAUCAUUAUUAGGCAAAUGUUUGACUGGUAUUCAGUUUUUGUUGAUCACACAAAUAAAAAAAAUACAUUUGUAUGAUAGAAAAAUUGUUUUUGUUUGAAACAAAUGCUUUUUGAUUUGCUCAUUGUAAGCUUAUAGUAAUCCAUUUAAAACAAAAUUUGGUGAUUACUGUUAACACAUUUUGUUUUUGGUUUGGACCUUAAAAAGAAUUAAGAAGAUGGGGGAUAAGGCGGGCAGAAUGCCUAUAGCGUCGGAUAUUAAGAAAUCACAUCUGAUGUGUAAAUUGAGUAUUUGAAUUUACCUCUCAUUGAAAUUUAUGAAAUUAUGAGAAAAAAAAAUUCUGAGAGAAAAUAAGUCUCUUAAAAAAAUUUCAUUUAUAAAAAUAUUAGAUGGUAUAUGUGGGAUUCAAACCCCAGCAAUAAAAUACCUUAGUAUCAUACUGAGACUAAUGCGCUAACCACUAUGCUACGUAGCUUAUGAUGAUUAGGGGCAUUUAAAUCAAGUUUGUGAUAUGAUCCUUGACUUAAUGGCCUUGAAGUAUUUCUCGGAAAGAUGUGUAUGUUUUGUCAUAAAAGUGUACUUUUAAGGUAUAGUGGGUCCUCGCUCCAUUUUUUUGUAAACCAAAAAAUAUUUAUCGCAAACUUUUAAGAUGAUCUUUCAAAAAAAUGGAGUGAAGACCCACUCAUAUUCAAAAAUUUUGACAAAGUAUGAAAAAAAUGAUCAUUUUUGUUCUUUUAAGUCUUUGUAUACUUUUUCAUAGGCAAAUAUUUUCAGUCUUUGUGAGAUUUUUGUAAAUUAUAGAGAUUUUACAUUAAGUAUACUUUAAUAUUAGAUGAAAGAUGAAAUAUGAAAUAAAAUUAGGAUAUUAUUGUAGAAAUUUAUCUGAAUAUUAUUGAGUAGUUGUGCAUCCUUUUCUUUUUGAAAAACUGUACACGUAAGCAGUCUCUGCUAUGGUAAUUAUUUAGUAAAACUCUUUGCAGUCCCAUUUACUGGUAUAGACUUAUUCCCCUGUUUUUUGAAAUAUUUGAAUUGGUGGGUUAUUUUUUAACUAUGAAAAUUUAUAGGAUAUAGUAAGAAAAUACUACAAACCUCACUUAAA